AGGAAGGUAGCGAGGCCAGGUGUGGCCUGUACUCAGUGGUGUUACUGGCAUCAAGAUGAUGGGUCGUCGCAAGUGGUGGUGUCUACAGUGGCUGACAACUCUCGUGUUUGUCUGUCUGUGUGUGACUCUCUACUACAACGUCGAGCCUCCGCAUCCCCGCAUGACCGUGGAGGAGUGGAAACUUCCGACAAAAUGGAUAUUGACGGAAGAAGUGGAAGCUCGCAUGACUCGGCGCCGCCACCACCUGGCACAGGUAUGCAAGGAGACAGGUUUAGAUCAGCCAUCAGAGACGAACAGCAUCCGGAGCCAAGAGUUCCUAAUCAACAAGAUGUUUAAUCUGGUGUGGUGCCCAGUGUACAAGGCGGCCUCCUCCACCUGGCUAUGGAACUUCAACCUCCUCGCUGGCUACACCCAGCAACAUCUCCUUCACGACAUUCAUCGACCCCUUCCCUUGGCCAGGAACAGGUACCCCAGACCAAGUGAAGGAGAGUUACUGCGGGUGUUGAGGAUGAGACCAGCUGUAGUGUCGUUCAUGAUCGCUCGUCACCCUCUGCAUCGCCUUGUGUCAGCCUACAGGAACAAGAUUGUGCUGAACAGGAAGGAUUACAGCAAGAUUAUCAAGGUGAUGAAGGCUGGACACCCUGAGCUGGGUCCUUCAGGAUGGGGUGCCUGGCUGGAGCUGGUGCCAGGCCACGUGGGUGUGCCCACUUUCAGGCAGUUUGUGCAGUACAUCCUGGAACAGCAUGAAGCACACCACGUGCUCAACGAACACUGGAUCCCAGCCUCCCAGUUCUGCACCCCGUGUCUUGUGAACUACACUGUUCUGGCCAAGGUGGAAACGUUGGAUGAAGAUACUAACUACAUAAUAUUUGCUUCAGGAGAGGUAGAGCAAGUAGAGGUCAGACUAACUAUGGAGGCAACCAAAGAGGUCUGA